UAUAAAUUUACUCUAAAGUUAAUCCACAACACAAUCUGGUCGGCGAACUAAAGUGAACUUGUAUGCUUUCGUUUGUGUUUUGUUUAAUUCCUAUUUCUUAAACAUUAUUAAUAACAUUGUUUUCAGCCAUAUAUGUCUAAACUUUUUUUUGUUAAUCUUGGUUAAGAUUUAGUUUAAUAGUUUUUUUUUGUGUGUUUAAAAAGGUGUACUAAAUGUCAAGAUUUGAACUCCCGUUUCAUACCCCUCUUCCACCAACCCUCAUCUUUCUCUCUCUCUCUCUGUCUCUUUCUUUCUCUCUCUAGGAUCAUAAGUAGAAACACCCAGAAGAUUUGAAAGAAGGUACGAUUGUCAUGGCGUCGAUGAUAGAUAACUCAUGUGAAGGGAUAUUAUUAUCACUAGAGUCCCACAAAUCAAUGCCUGCUCCUUUCCUCACUAAAACCUACCAAUUGGUUGAUGAUCCUUCAACUGAUCAUAUCGUUUCAUGGGGUGAAGACGACGCAACCUUCGUCGUCUGGCGGCCGCCGGAAUUCGCUCGCGAUCUUCUUCCGAAUUACUUCAAACACAACAACUUCUCCUCCUUCGUUCGCCAACUCAACACCUAUGGUUUUAGAAAAAUCGUCCCAGACAGAUGGGAGUUUGCGAAUGAGUUCUUCAAGAAAGGAGAAAAACAUAUGUUGUGUGAGAUCCACCGCCGGAAAACAUCACAGCCGCACGUUGGGUUAAACCACCACCAUUUCACGGGCAUUAACGGAGGAGGAAAUGGCUUCUUUUCUUAUCCAUCUACACGCGACAGCAUCUCCCCACCAAACUCCGACGACCACCUAUACUGUGACUCCCCACCACCUCUAUCUUCACCAACCACCACCGCCUCCGCAACAACAGCAGCUACGAUUUUCGGAAUCUUUCCGAACAACGGUAUUUCUAGCAACAUUAGAGGUAACUCCGUGACAGCGUUAUCAGAGGAUAACGAGAGGCUUCGGAGAAGCAAUAACAUGCUGAUGUCCGAACUCGCACACAUGCGAAAGCUUUACAACGAUGUUAUCUACUUCGUACAAAACCACGUGAAACCGGUGACACCAAGUAACACAUACCCUUCAUCUCUUCUCUUACCUUCAACAAACAACCCAUUAAUGGUGCAAAAGCAGCAGCAAACGACGUCUUUUUUCAAUAACGCGAAUGCAACGGUUGUGUACCCUAGUCAACCUCACCAGCUGGAGCUUUAUGAUUCGACAAUCAGAAACAUUGUAAGAGAUCAAGAUACAGUAAACAACGCUGCAAGAACGAAGCUUUUUGGAGUUCCGUUGUCGAAGAAGAGAGUGCACCCAGAGUACGGAAGUGCUAAUACAAUGGUGGAGACUCACAAAGCAAGAUUGAUUCUUGAAAAGGAUGAUUUAGGGUUGAAACUCAUGCCUCCUUCUCCUUGUUGAUUGUUAAUUUUUUUUUUUUUUCUUACUUUUUUGAACUUAUAAAGUUCAUUAGACUGUUUUUAGUUACUAAUCAAAGCCUGUUAUUCGUUAGUUUAUCUGGUCGUGAUGAUAUAUUGAAGUUGGGACAUGAUUUGUUGAUUUCUUCUUAUCUUUUUGCGUCUGCGG